AUGAACAGGAACAGCUCACCAUGCGAAGACUUUUACCAGUUCGCGUGCGGAUCGUGGCGCCCUCGUGUGGCUGGGGCGCAGACCGCCAUGCGGGACCUGCUGGCUGUGUCGCAGACGGACGCCAUUCGCUUCCUCGGCGUGGCGCACAACCUCAACAUGACACAACCCACAGGAGGAAUCCUCGCCAAGGUACCGACGCCGCUGCCUCGCAAUCGCGCUGAGCGUGCGUACCACGCCUGCUUGUCUAGUCAGUACGGAGACGUGUCCCUGCUGCACCAGUUCCUUGCCAACCGGUCACUGUCAUGGCCCGAGAAACCCGCGACGUCAGCCAACCCGCUCGACGUGCUCCUUGACCUGGACAUCAACUGGAAUCUUGGCCUAUGGUUUUCCGUGAGAGUCUCACCGAUACCGGGCCACAACCGGCGACAGGUGCGCGUCGAGCCUGGCCUCGUGUCGAGCUCCUGGAAGAAGGGCCUGGACGCCCUGGUGCUUCGCGGAGUGUACGACGCCCGCGUGCGCCGUUUCUACAACCUGAUGCGCACCAGCAACUUCGUUCCCAUGAGCGAUAAGGAUCUGGAAGCACUCCGCCACGAUGAGUACGCUGUCGCUGGCGCACUGUCAGAAGCAGUAAACCGUGGCCAAAGUGAGCUCGCCUUCCAGCUAAAGCAGAUCCAGAAGAUAGCGACGCCACAAAUCAGCGCCGCACAGUGGGCCACGUCCCUGAACCGCCACCUCAAGUUGACGCAGAGGGUAACUGACGCCGACCGCGUGCUGGCGACCAAUGUGAAGCUGUUACAAGCGGUAGACGGUCUUCUAGAGUCGCUGCCGGCCGAGACGGUGUUGUACCAGCUGGGAUGGGCGGCAGUGCAGCUCCUGGGUUGGAUGGCCGACCCCACACUACCUGGAAGGCCGGUAGCCGCACGUCUUGUGGAACACCGGCACGCCGAUUGCUUCUGGGCAGCCAACAGGGUUUUCGGACUGCCCUUCCUCUCCAGUUACAUCAACACCAAGUAUCCACCACGCGUCCAGUCCGAAGUGGACGACGUCAUCAUGGGCGUCACACAGGCGGCGAUCGGACUGUUCAUGAGAGCGUCCUGGAUAGACGCCGAGACGCGUGAGGCGGCCGUGGAGAAGCUGCGCCGCGUGAACACGUCACUGUGUCCACCGGGCGGCUUGUUAAACGCCUCCGAGACGGACGCCUUGCUGGAACACUUUCCUGAGCCCAGGGACGACGUCUUCCGCUACUGGCUGGACGCCCUUGAAGUACGGAGGAAGCUGCUCAAGAGGAAGGACCUGGAACGAGCCCUGCACAGCGACGACGUACAGGCGCAGCGGGCUCUAUUCAGGUACCACUACUACACGAACGAGCUGUCCGUCUCGCUCCACGCCCUCAAUAGUCCACUCUUUGUGGAAGGUGGUGGCCGUACCGUCAACAUGGCCGGACUUGGCGCGCAGUACGCUGCGGCACUUGCGAGGGCCUUUGACUCGCGGGGCGUACUUCUCGAGGGCCGCGGCGGGACUUCGUCAGGUCUCUGGUGGGCCAGGGCUUCGUACCACGAGUACGAACAUAGGACUGGUGCAUGUGCGGGAGAAGCCCACGGAGAGGCCUCUCUUGUCGGUGACUUGGAGCCCUUCGAAGGCGUCGCUGCGCUAGAGAUAGCGCAUGCCGCCUUUGGCGCAACUCACUGGAUGAGCGACAAAGGUCGGCGUCCGCGGCGCAGCUUCCUGGGCCUCAGCGAGGAGCAGGCGUUCUUCGCGUCGUUCUGCCAGGCGCACUGCGCCCGCGAACCCACGGUUCGCCAGCGGCUCUCCUGCACGCUGCCGCUGAGGAACUACCGAGGCUUCGCGGCAGCCUUCGCGUGCCCGGCCGGAUCGCCGAUGAACCCGGCCAAGCGGUGCGGCUUCUUCAAGAGCGACCGGCCUUACGUCGCCAUUCCGGGCUUUGUCGCGACGCAGCCGGCAACGCGCGACCCCAGUGGAUCCGGCGACCCUGUGUCGCUGACAUCCACGCCAUUAGACGCGGGCGCUUUUUGA